GAUGGUUUGCAUGAAAAAGGGAUGGUUGAAGACCUACACAACAGUUCCAUGAAGACUGCAAAUAUGCGACCACCUCAUCCUGGCAUGGCACCACCUCAGAGUCCAAUGGAUCAACACAGUCAAGGCUAUAUGUCUCCUCAUCCAUCUCCCCUGGGAGCACCAGAGCAUGUGUCUAGUCCAAUGUCUGGAGGAGGUCCAACUCCACCCCAGAUGCAACCAAGUCAGCCAGGACCCAUGAUGCCCGGAGAUCCACAGGCGAUGAGCCAACCCAAUAGAGGCCCUUCUCCUUUCAGUCCUGUUCAGUUGCAUCAGCUCCGAGCUCAGAUUCUAGCAUACAAAAUGCUGGCUAGAGGACAACCGUUGCCUGAAAACCUUCAGCUUGCUGUACAAGGGAAAAGGACACUGCCUGGGAUUCAGCAGCAACAGACUCUUUACAAAUCAUCCGGAGUUGUUCCCAUACCUGGACAUGGAGUUGCUGCAGGAAUGCCAGGACAUACAACUGCCAUGGCUCCAAAAACUUGGCCAGAAGGGCAAGGGGCAGAUAUGAAUGUCUCAAGUACACCCCAAAAGCUAGCUGUUCCACCUCCAAGUGGAAGACCGUCACCUGCCCCUGCUGCUACCCAACCUACAGCUGUAAUGCCAGGUCCUUCUGUACCACAGCCUGCAGCUGGUCAACCUUCGCCUAUUGUUCAGCUGCAGCAAAAACAGAACCGUAUCAGCCCCAUCCAAAAGCCUCAGGGGCUGGAUCCUGUUGAAAUUCUUCAGGAACGAGAAUAUAGGCUUCAGGCUCGAAUUGCACACAGAAUUCAGGAAUUAGAAAAUUUGCCUGGUUCUUUACCUCCAGAUCUGAGGACUAAAGCCACAGUGGAGCUGAAGGCACUUAGGCUACUGAAUUUCCAGCGCCAGCUACGACAAGAAGUAGUGGCUUGCAUGCGUCGUGACACAACUUUGGAGACUGCUCUGAACUCUAAGGCAUAUAAACGCAGCAAGCGGCAGACCUUGAGGGAAGCCCGAAUGACUGAGAAACUUGAGAAACAACAGAAAAUAGAACAGGAGAGAAAACGUAGGCAGAAGCACCAGGAGUAUCUCAAUAGCAUUUUACAGCAUGCUAAAGAUUUUAAAGAAUACCAUCGAUCAGUGGCUGGAAAAAUUCAGAAACUUUCCAAAGCUGUGGCUACUUGGCACGCCAACACAGAACGCGAACAGAAGAAAGAAACAGAGAGGAUUGAGAAAGAGCGAAUGAGAAGGCUGAUGGCUGAAGAUGAAGAAGGCUACCGUAAACUUAUUGAUCAGAAAAAAGACAGACGUUUAGCCUAUCUGCUGCAGCAAACUGAUGAAUAUGUGGCCAACCUGACAAAUCUGGUAUGGGAACACAAGCAAGCACAAGCUGCCAAAGAAAAAAAGAAGAGGAGAAGAAGAAAGAAGAAGGCAGAAGACAAUACGGAAGGAAUAGGAUCUGGACUUGGUCCUGAUGGAGAACCCAUAGAUGAGAGCAGUCAGAUGAGUGAUCUCCCAGUCAAGGUAACUCAUACAGAAACAGGCAAAGUUCUUCUUGGACCAGAGGCUCCUAAAGCAAGUCAGUUGGAUGCUUGGUUAGAAAUGAACCCUGGCUAUGAAGUUGCACCCAGAUCAGACAGUGAAGAUGAAAGCGGCUCAGAGUAUGAAGAAGAUGAAGAUGAAGAUGAAUCAAGUAGACAAGAAAUAGAUGAAAAGAUACAUCUGGAUCCCAACAGUGAAGACGUUUCAGAAAAAGAUGCGAAACAAAUAAUUGAGACAGCCAAACAAGAUGUGGAUGAUGAAUACAGCAUGCAGUACAGUGCCAGAGGAUCUCAAUCUUACUAUACAGUGGCUCAUGCAAUUGCGGAGAGAGUGGAAAAGCAGUCCUCUCUUCUUAUUAACGGCACACUGAAACAUUAUCAGAUCCAGGGCCUGGAAUGGAUGGUUUCCUUGUAUAAUAACAAUUUGAAUGGAAUUUUAGCUGACGAAAUGGGACUAGGAAAGACCAUACAGACGAUUGCGCUCAUCACUUACCUCAUGGAGCACAAAAGGCUCAAUGGCCCCUAUCUCAUCAUUGUUCCCCUCUCGACUUUAUCCAACUGGACAUACGAAUUUGACAAAUGGGCCCCUUCUGUUGUGAAAAUUUCUUACAAGGGUACACCUGCUAUGCGCCGAUCACUUGUACCUCAGCUACGUAGUGGGAAAUUUAAUGUACUUUUGACUACAUAUGAAUACAUAAUAAAGGACAAACACAUUCUUGCUAAG